AUGGAUGCCAUCCACAUCUCUGGGUCACAGAAGCAUGUGAUGCCACUUACCAGCAUCUCGGAGCCUAGGACCGGUAGACCACACGGCUGGGAAUUCGAUGACUGCACCAACAUCUGUGCUGAGAAUCCUGGCGGUCGUCUUGGUGAGGGCACCAUUGCUCUUCUCGGCGAGGGCUGGGACAGUCCUCUCUGUGGGGGCCCAAGUUUUCUCAGAGAGGGCUCCAGUGAACUGCUGGAGCUUGGACGAUUUCUGCUGCGGAGCAAGAGUAGAGCAAGAAAGGUGGAACAGAACAAGAACUUGUUCGCUGAAGGAAUGAACUCUCAAAUACAACUGGUCGACGGAGAAAUUGCCAAACAACAGGCUGAUGUCUUGGUGAACACGACAGGGACUGAUGUCAACCUCUUGGCAGGAACUGUCUCCUACACUUUCCUGGAGGCAGGAGGGAAGGAACUUCAGGAGGACCUGACCAAGGCAUGUCCUUCUGGGCUGGAAGUCGGUGGCAUUGCUCAGACCAAGGGAGGGAAACUCCAAUGCCAGAAGGUGUUCCAUGUUGUGCUGAAGCCGUGGAUGAAUAAAAAUGAUGAGGCAGAACAGAUACUUAAGAAUGUGGUCACCCAGUGCCUUGAAAUGGCUUCCAAACAAAACUUAAGGUCCAUCGCUUUUCCUGCACUUGGAUCAGGGUUUCACAGAUUCCCCAGCAUGCGGUCUGCAGACAUCAUGUUUACUGCCACGGAGACAUUCCUGCGGAACAACAAGAACACGAGUCUAAAGACAGCCAAAUUUGUCCUGUAUGGAGGCGACGAUGUCCUGAGAAAGGCCGACGUGUUGGUGAACACGACACAGGCAGAUCUAGAUUUCUCUGUUGGAGCUGUGUCUGGCUCUCUCCUUGAUGCUGGAGGCCAGGUUAUUCAGGAUGAGUGUAGACAUCAACAUCCUCUGGGAGCUAAACCCGGCACCGUGAUACAAACUCAAGGAGGAAAACUGAAAUGCAAGAAGGUUUACCAUGUUAUUUUAGACUCUUGGAACAGCGGGCACGAGAAGGCAGAGAAGGUAUUUCUCUCAGUAGUCACUUCGUGCUUGCAAGAGGCAUCCCGACAGAAAUUCACGUCUGUUGGCUUCCCCCUCCUGGGUACGGGAUAUGCUGGAUUUUCCGCAGAGAUGUCGACAAAGCUCAUGAUCAGAGCAUUCGUGAACCUCUUUCAGAACACUGCGUAUACAUCGCUUCAAGUUCUCAAUGUUGUCGUUCAUCCCAAAGAUACUGCCAUCAAAAAGAUCGUUGAGGACCAGCUUGGAGAGGCUGUACGGCUAGCGGAUAUGGCAAAGUUCAUCACAACAGCAGGUAAAUUUGCUUCAGUAUCAUUGUAUUAG